AUGGGGCAGUUGAAAUCCAAAUGUGACGGGUUGGUCCCAGGCUUUGCCCCUCGUGUUCGCACCUCAACCCUCGAAGAGGGACCUCCAAGUGCACCAGAGCACCAUGGUUCGAGGAUGGAGCUGCAGAAAUCUUCCUUGUAUAGCACAUUAGACCAGGUGCCACAGCUGGAGCAUUAUGCUAGUACCCUGCCACGGCAGCAGCAGGCAAGGAGCCGACCUUCACUGGGAACUCUCCGCAGGGUAUCUAAGGAAGUGGAGGCAGGGAUGGAGAUGGCAAACGUUGCCUCAGACUCGGGAGUUAGCAGUUUGCCAGUGACUGAUAGUGGGAGUGAAGAGUCAAAAGGUCCAAAAGAGAAAGCUCCUGUAAAAUUAGGUUGGGUGAUUGGUCCCGCGUUUCAUUGCAUGCUGAAUAUCUGGGGAGUCAUCCUGUUUCUCCGCUUGUCGUGGAUCACUUCUCAGGCAGGCAUCUUGUUGACCUGCCUUAUUGUCCUGAUGUCUGUGACGGUGAACACAGCAACCACCCUAUCUAUCUCUGCCAUCGCCACCAAUGGAAGAGUAGAUGCAGGUGGGACAUAUUUCAUGAUCUCCCGCUCUCUGGGUCCUGAGGUUGGCGCACCAAUUGGGCUGGUCUUUGCCUUUGCCAACGUUCUGGGUUGUGCGCUUAACACGGUGGGCUUUGCAGAGGUGGUUCAGGAUCUAAUGCAGAGCUAUGGUUCCGUCAUUAUCGAUCCCAUUAGCACAAUCCGUAUUGUGGGCGUGAUCACAGUGACUGGUCUUCUUCUCAUUUCACUGGCUGGCAUGGAGUGGGAGUCCAAGGCCCAGAUCUUGUUCUUUGUGGCCAUCAUGAUCUCAUUUGUUGCCUAUUUGGUGGGCACCUUCAUCCCUCCGGGGACAGUGAAAAAAUCCCAGGGCAUCUUUGGAUACCGCAGUGACAUCUUUGUAUCGAACCUGACACCAGACUGGAGAGGCGCUGAUGGCAACUUUUUCUCAAUGUUUGCAAUUUUCUUCCCUGCCACCACCGGCAUCCUCUCUGGAGUCAACAUCUGUGGAGACCUCAAAGACCCUGCUACUUCUAUCCCCAAAGGCACCCUCCACGCCAUUUUCUGGACUACAAUCAGCUAUUUAGUUAUUCCGUUAACUGUUGGGGCAUGUGUGAUACGGGAUGCUUCUGGAAAUGUCAAUGACACUCUGACUGCAAACAGCACUGGGACCUGUGUGGGGAUGGGAUGUAGCCAAGGCUGGAAUUUCACAGAGUGCACCCUGUCACAGUCAUGUCAGUAUGGUCUGGCCAACAAUUUACAGGUACUGGGCCAAGUUUCAGCUGUCUACCAUCUCAUCACUCUUGGUGUCUUUGCAGCCAGCUUGUCAUCGGCACUCAGCUUCCUAGUAUUUGCUCCUAAAGUCUUUCAGUGUCUGUGCCGAGACAACAUAUACCCAUACAUCGGACUUUUUGGAAAGGGUUAUGGGAAAAGUGAUGAGCCAUUCCGUGCAUAUAUCCUCUCUUAUGUGCUUUCCAUUGUCUUUAUUCUCAUUGCUGAGCUGAACAUCAUUGCAGCCUUGAUCUCCAACCUCUUCCUGUGCACAUAUGGCCUCAUCAACUUCAGCUGCUUUCACGCUACAGUCACCAACUCCCCUGGUUGGAGGCCUUCAUUUCGCUACUACAAUAAAUGGGUGGCUUUGUAUGGAGCAGUCAUCUCUAUAGUGCUGAUGUUCCUCUUGACGUGGUGGGCUGCUCUGGUCAUUUUCGGUGUCAUCAUCUUUCUGUUUGGAUAUGUCUACUACAAAAAGCCAAAGAUAAACUGGGGUUCAUCGGUCCAGGCAGGUACCUACAACAUGGCUUUGUCAUCCUCUGUCUCUCUUUCUGGAGUGGAGGAUCAUGUCAAGAAUUUUAGGCCACAGUGUCUUGUCCUGACUGGGCCCCCAAACCAGCGACCUGCUCUGGUAGACUUUGUUGGAUCCUUCACGGAGCACAUAAGCCUCAUGAUCUGUGGAGACAUCAUCAUGGAGCAGGAGAGGCAGACUCGACCACACGACGCCACAGACAGCAUGGUGAAGUGGAUGAAGAAGAGGAAGGUGUGCUCGUUUUAUACUCCUUUCACUGCAGAGAGCCUCAGAGUUGGAGCUCGACACUUGUUACAGGCCUCUGGUCUCGGCAAACUGAAGCCCAACACUCUGGUCCUGGGCUUCAAGUCAAACUGGAGGGAGACUGCUCCUGAAAGCACAGUAGAUUAUAUUAACACUAUAUAUGAUACCUUUGACCACAACUACAGUCUAUGUAUCCUGAGGAUGAUGGACGGCCUCGAUAUCUACAGCCACUAUGAAUUUGAAGUGAACCACGGGUUUGAGUCUGAUGAAUAUGCAGAAAAUGACCACAAGGAACAUAGUGAGAUGAAAUCAGUUGAGGACAUCUCAGACAAAGACGACAGCGAUCAGACCAGGACAGUGUUUCAGAGUGACCAGGGGAAGAAAACCAUUGACAUCUACUGGAUCGCUGAUGAUGGAGGUCUGACUCUGCUGGUACCUUACCUGCUCACCAGGAGGAAACGCUGGAACAGCUGUAAGGUCAGGGUCUUCAUCGUGGGAGAUGAACAGAACAUGGACGAACGACGUAAAGAGUAA